AUGUCAUUUCGUGUUUCGAAGUCCGAAUGGCGCUCGAUCGAGGCAGAAAAGGACCAAAAUGCGCAAAAUAUGGAGUGCAUUCCAGAAAACGAAGGCGAUGAGGUUCAGGAAUCUCGCUUGCAAAGUCUUGUUUCCUUACUGACUAGCUCUCCUUAUGACGUUUUUUUGAUGCUGAAUGAGCACAUUGAAAGUGUAGAUUGGGAUUCAAAGGCCGAAACCUUGGCCAAACCCAUUGGCAACUUUUUGACAAUGUUGUUUUUCGUUACGCGGCUUCUCCAGGACAAUUUGAUCCAGCCAAACAUUCAUAAUAUCGGUAAAAAGCACGAUUCGUUUGAUUUGUCAAAGUCUAAGAUCCUUCAGGACGUUGAGUUUUGGUCACACACCGCUACAACAGAAAUCUCUGACCGUCAUCUUGACUGGUACUGGGAGCUCUUGGGUUUUAUGAACAUUUUGUUGCAAUUCUCGUGCUGUAUUCUGCUGCUUGCUAAUAUGCUGAUCUCCUAUAAAUUUUUGCAUGCCAGAUAUCAAGUCUACUCUCUGUUCUAUUGUCAAUCGCGGCCUCGGUCUAAAAACGUUACCAAAAGAUCUCUCAACGACUUGGGUUACCGCUCGCUUCAUGACAUUUCUAGAGGCUCGUUGUGGUACAUGGUUAAAGCGAUGUUUUGGCAUAAGAAAAUCAAGGGCCCAGAGCAGCCUUUGGGGAAGUGUUACUACGACCUGCGAAAAUGGGCUCCUGGUAAAUUCUGUGCAGCGCUCUUCAGUACUUUCUCGCCGAUAUGCUUGAUUUUUCUCACAGUGAUGGACGUAUCAUUCUUCGCUGCUUUGCCGGUCUUGGCUCAUCAAUACAUCUCGUUCUUGCUCAUCUAUGAGCGCUAUGAGGACAGAUUGGACGAUGAAGCUUGUCUAUCUGAGGCCAAUCACGCGGAGAUUUACGAAAAGAUAAUCAAACCCAAAAGUGCAGUAAAAACGCAAGAUGCGAUGGUGGACGCGACCCCGUAUGGAGGCAGAUCGGCUGUGUUUUUUCCCUCUUUCACGACAACAAGAUCACACAUCUUUCAGACUCAUACUGUAUUGGGUGAUGUGAUAACGGAGCGUUAUAAUCCUGCCACCGAUGUCUUCGAAGAUGUUGAAACUACCAAUGUCGCUCGCAACUAUGUGAGCCGUGAUUCGAUCCAUUUACAAGACAGAACGCCACGAGAAAAAGUAAUCAAUGGCGCCUCUGUCCGCCCCAUGUUUUGGAGUCGACAACCGAGCCCUAGCAAGAACGGUACGCCCUCGAAAUUUCUGCAUAAUAAGGCGUCGCCUACAUCUGCUCCUCUAACUCCGAACUUGAAGCCCUUAAAUGGGGCUGAUGUUUCCAUGAUGAAUAACACAUUUGGCAUGAUGAAUAGGACGGGCAGCACAAAUCAUGAUAUGUGCAUUUCACGGAGUAUCAACAAUUCGAGAAUUCGGCGGAAUUCAACCAGCCCUAUAAAACCUGUGGGAUAUAUGAGCGCAGCAGGACUGCGUAACAUCCAUAGGCCUGUGAUGGAAGGGGACACGUCCAUCUCAUUUAGCAUAGAUGGCACUCAUACAGAACUUCCGUUCGAAGAGGUUGUUCGUCGAGGUCGUCGUACGCACAUCGAUAGCCGUUUCACAAGGGACGCUCCCGUUGGCCGAUCGUCUGCUGCAUCAUCUCGCCACAGCAGUAUAAGCCCUAUAAAGGGCGGUAACCAUUCUUUCAGAGGUGAUGUCUCGGACACAAGACCGCCAUUCAGGUAA